AUGGGAGACAAAAGGGCAACGGAAUGGAUAGAAGUCCGGCGAAGAAAGACACCGAUGAUGAGAGACCCAAAAGAAGAAACGACGUACUUUGUGACUAAUGUACCAGAAGAAGCCAGGAAGAAUGAACUUUGGAAGAUCCACUCCAAGUAUGGGAAUCUCACAGAUGUAUAUAUAGGAUUAAAGAAAAGGAGAAAUGGACAGAACUAUGUGUUCCUAAGAUUCAGAGGGAUUAAAGACACCAAACAACUCGAAAACCGACUGGCCGGGAUUAAAUAUAAAGGGAGGAUCCUAGUGGUGAACUUGGCCAUGUAUGGAAGGAAAGAGGCCUUACACAAGCGCAACACAGUUUGGAAACAGGAGCAACCCUUCGACAGACAUAUCUCAAGAACUGGGAUGAGGGAUCGAAGAACUUUCGCAGAAGUGGCCCGACCUAUACAAGAUCGAAGAUGGCGCCAACCCACCCUCCUCAGCCGACAGCACCGCCUCCACCCCCAACCUCCUGCAUCAAGAACAAGAAAACUAUUGGCUUAG